AUGGUCUACACGCUCAUCUGCCAUGCACAGGUCAAGCCGGGCUUCGAGGGACAGAUGAAGGCGAAGCUGCAGGAGGCGGCGGCCAUCUAUAAGAAGGACCGCGAGACUGUCGACUGGCUAGUUCACCAGGACGUGCACGACGCGACCAAGUUUGCCAUCGUCGAGCGGUUCGAAAACGAGGGGAGCCAAAAGUACCAUCUCGAGAAUCCGUACUGGGCCACUUUCAACCCAGCCGUCGAGCCCUGGCUUGCCAAGCCCAUCGAGAUUCUCCGCUUCAAUGAGCUGUAG